AUGCCCCCAGAAAAUACUCCCUCGCAAGGAAACUCUGCUCGAUCUCCUCCGCCUGUAUUCGCAUCUUCUCUCCAACAGUUGAGCGCUGUCUCAACCCCUGUCCUCACUCUCCCAGCGGCCGCCUCGCAUGACGCUCAUGAUGACAACGUGAUCUUCCUUCGAUCUCGAGUUCGCUCUCCGCACGGCUCUUCUUCCUCAAGUCGACAGCGUCGCCGACGGCAUCAAAUACUAUCCGAGUUCGAGUCUGAUCCGAUGGAAUUGGACGAGUCGACCGGAGUGCGUAUGUCCGUGGAAAUCAGUCGCCAUCCCAUAGUGCGUCGGACACGAGAGGAACCGACGAAUAUGCCGAACUAUGAAGGUCGUGUCUCCAACAUACGGUCGCUGUACGGCUGGGCCCCAGGCUCCGACGAGGAUGACGAGGAUGAUCUGGUUUACGAACCUCUGCAGGAUCCCAACAGUGUCUCCUCUUGGUUUGGCAGACUCUCGGAUCGCAAUGCGACGUCGAGGCGCCACAUACGACGUGAUGCGACCGGACGAAGCCCCCUUCCACUCCCCGUUGAGCCUUUAGAGAGUAGUAGACACCGGAUGGACGACACAACUCUCGCCACGGCCGAAGCUCUGUUGCAGUCGGUCAGACGCCAGCCACGCCUUUCGAGGACACGGACAUUACACAACUAUCUUUUGGACCGGGAGCGUACCAGUCAGGAUUCAGAAGAUGGCAGGGAACGAGCGACUCAGUCACCGACUUCACGCGCAUAUCGGUUCAUACCCAGUAGUCGAGGCGAAUCCAACCGGAUCUCAACUCACGGCGAUAUGCGCGCUCGUGUCAACGCUCAUCGGCAGCUGCAUAUGGAUCAUCCUCCCAGCCCGCGCUUGAAGGAAAUUAUUACAUAUCUCGACCGUUUGCGCUAUUCGACCUCCUUUGAAGAAAGUCUUUCAUCGGCUGCCGCAGGUGGAUUUGUUCAGCUCGAUUUCUCCUGGGAUGAGGAUGAUUUCAUCCUGGAUACUACAUUAAUUGCACCGCCGCCGCCAUGUUCCUGGCUACGCCCAGGUAUGGUUUUUAAAGGCUCUCAGAUGGCAGCAUGCACUCCCAGCUCGAUUUUCGCGCACCGUGGGCCAACAUCUCAUCCGGCCACCGAACCGGUGAUUGUCAAUGGCAGCGAUAAUGGUCGCAUUAGUGUUUAUACCACAAGCGGUCGACGAUACCCGGCCAACAAUAAUAUCCCCAACUUUGGAACAGGGAAGGAUGAGAAUUGGCCCGUCAAAGUCACCAUUCACAAUAUCAACUACCAAGAGAUGACGCUUUCAGGUACAAUGGAAGCCUACAACAUUCCUGAUAAGACGUCGCCGUCUCACGAUGCACAUAUCGUCACCUUUCUGGAGGGAGAAAUUAUAGACUUCAACACUCACACUCUUGAGACGAAAAAUUUCAAGGCCGACGCUGAAACCGAUAGUACUUACUGGCGCGAGCUGCAACCAUUUAAGAACUUGACGGACGACGAGAUGACAAGGAACCUUGUGAGUCGGAAAUGGAUUACGGAAGAACUAUCCAAACAGUGGAUUUUGAUGCGAUGGAAAGAACGCUGUUUCAUCACUCCCACCGACGCACGCCAGGGCCUCACAAUCUCAGGAUUCUACUAUAUCUCUCUUCGUCGAGAUACUGGGCACAUUGAAGGUCUCUACUAUGACCCGGGAAGCUCACCGUAUCAGCAGCUGUCACUGAAGCCAGAGACGGAGAAGAUGAUUCGUCCUUCAUACGACUUCAGGUAG